UGUUUUCAAAACCAGAACCGAGAGACGUCACGUUGUCGUAGGGUUAAUGUUCAGCUUUCACCCUCCAACACUCACAUUUAUUUAUCUAAAAAUCGUCUAUAUUUCGUUUUCUGCUCGAAAGUGAAUGACGAAGAGGACGUCGAAGAUCUUUGUGACGACCCAUAAUGAAAUCUGUGAGCCGUAGCUGUUGCAGCUAGUCAGAAGAUGCACCAUGGCCAAACCGGGAUUGGGCCGUGAUGGAGCCAUGGUGGAGAAGACGGCAGAGAAGAAGAGUAAAGAGAAAAUGUCUCCGUUUGUCAAAACUCCAAAGCUCGAUCGGAGUGAGAUCCUGGGGAAAGAGGGGAAGUCCAAGUCCUCCAUGAAACGGAAGCUCUCCUUCACCAUCAGUCCGCCUCAUAACGAGGAGCUUCACUCAGACGCGGAUGACUCUGACCCCGGGCAGUCAAGCGACCUGUGGGGAGAGGGAUUACUUCCCCCCUGCAGGAUAUACGCAGACAAAGAUGUUCCAGAUAAGAAGAAGGUUAAGAAGGAGUCGGGCACUAAGAAGUCAACCCCUGUGAACAUUUUGUUCGGCUACCCUUUAUCGGAACGAAAGCAGAUGGCACUUGUAAUGCAGAUGACUGCGAGAGACAACAGUCCUGAGACGACGCCGAGUCACCCAUCUCAAAUGCCGCCAGUGCAGAAGAAGAUCGCUAGCAGCUCGUCCUCACGACAGAAAGAUAAAGUUAACAAACGGAACGAGAGAGGAGAGACCCCGCUGCAUAUGGCCGCAAUCAGGGGGGAAGUCAAACAGGUUAAGGAACUCAUUAGCCUCGGGGCGGAUGUAAAUGUCAAAGAUUUUGCAGGUUGGACGCCUCUCCAUGAAGCUUGUAACCUUGGUUACUAUGAUGUAGCAAAGGUUCUGAUUGGUGCAGGAGCGGAAGUGAACACGCAGGGAUUGGACAAUGACACUCCUCUUCAUGAUGCCUCCAGCAGUGGAUACAAAGAUAUUGUGAAGCUGCUCUUGUGUCAUGGAGGUAAUGCCUACCAGGCCAACAAGAGAGGAGAGAGACCGGUUGAUGUUGCUGACUCUCAGGAGAUUGAGCAGUUACUCAAGGGAGAAAUCCCGCUGUCAGAACCAGAAGAGAGCUCUUCAGAAUCUGAGGACCCACCCUCUGUAAAUCCAUCCAGUGUAGAUGAGAACAUGGAAUACUCUGAUGCUGAAAAAGACUCUGACUGUAAAUCCACCUCAGUAAAGGCCUCAUCAUCCAUGUCGGGGCUAGAUGAAUAUGAGUUCAAGGACGAGGAAGAGGAGAAUGACCUGAGUAAGGCACUUAACGACAGACACAUCCUAAAAAGAGAACUCCGCCAAAAGGCGAAAGAGGAAAAGGAAAAGAACCACUAUGCUUUGAAACAGGGCUGCAAAAGCGACCAGUCGAUGCUGGCAUGCAAGUCUAAAAAAACGAAGGCGACCCGUAUUUACUGCAGUUCAGACAGUUCAAGUGAUGAAGCGGAGAUGCCAUUAGAAAGAAGGAGCUCGCCGACUAGGUCAAUCAGCAUGGAUGGUCAUAAAACGGACAAUAGAUUUAAGAAAGAAUGUCUAAAUCUCACACCAGCAGAGCAGAAAGAAAAGGGUAAACAGAAGAAAAAGAACAAGAGCCAAAGCAAAAAUAAGGAGAACCAAGAACUCCAAGAAGAAGGGAAAGAGAACAGCAAAUCCCUUAUUUUUUCCACUGCAACUGUGUCCGACAAUUCUGAUAGGGUCGUCAGGGAGGAGGACUCCUUUAAAAUGUCGUUUAGUGCAAAGGAUGACACAUCGGUCCACCUCUUUCAACUAGUCAAGUCCCCAAAGCUGAACCACAACCAAACUGACAAGCAGACAACUCCUCUGAAACAAGAAAACACUAAGACAUGUGUUUCAAUUGGCGAUGGAUCCUGUCCGAUGGAAAGCAUCAAGUGCAACCACUACACUGAGUCCGACUUCUGCACAGAAGGUUCGAGUAGUAAGAGCUGCAAACACAAGGAGAAAAGCAAGCAUCACCACAAAGAGCUCAGCUUAGAUGGAGAUGAUGGUAACUCCAGUCCUUUCAAAGAUAGUAUGGACAGUUCAGAGUAUGUAUUUAGGAAGACUGACAAUGAAGGGGAAGCACAAGCUAAAAAGCACAAGCUGAAACACAAGGAGAAAGAAAAGUACAGGAAGGAGUAUGAGGCUGAGAGGAAUCGCCAUCGGCAGAAAGAGGCCCGCAAAGAUGGACAUAGGAAUAUGGAGUUCGAUCGGGAGUUUUGGAAAGAGAACUUCUUCAAAAGUGAUGAGAGCGAAGAGCUCACUGGUAAAUGUGAGACGCCAGGUGGCAGAUCACCUCCGAAAUCUUCAGGAUCGUCCCCUGUUAAAGAGGAAAGAGGGGCGUCAAAAGACAAACAUUCAAGCAGUAGUAGCAGCAGGGACAGGAGGCCAAAGGAGGAGCGAGAAAAGGACAAGGCCAUAAAAAAAGAGAAAAAAGAGGUUCCCAUCAAAGACGAGCGUGGAAAGGAUGGAAAAGGAGGUGAAAUUGAUGACCGUACUGAGGGCCUUGUUUCUGGACGAAUGUCUGAGGGUUCACUGCACAGUUCUGUAGUCAAAGAGGAAAUGGAUGAUAAGCCAAUCACUGUGAAUUUGGUUAACCAAGAUCAACAGGAGAAGAACACUCAAGAGAAAAAUGAUAAGCGAGUACCAACAAUGGAUCGAGAGACUGAGAAGUCUGAUAAAAAGCAUGCAGAUAAAGACAAGAAAGUUAAAUCUGAUCAUUCAGCUGAUAAGCCUGAAUUGCACAACUCAACUGAUCGAUGGAAAGAGAAGGAGAAAUUAACAAGCAUUUCAAAUUCACCCAAUGAUAAAAGCCAUAAAGAUGGUGAAAAGCUCAAGGCGAUGUCAGUGAUGAAAAAACAUGAGGAAAACAAGAAGAAUAAGGAGAAGCUUGACAAAAGGGCAGAGAAAGAGCAUUCUUCUGGUGACCACAAAGAAAAAACAAGUUCUGAAAAAAAAACAAAAGCCCCUGAGAAAACCACUGAUCAUGGCAAAUCUGACCGCACUAAGGAAAAAGAACGGGAAAAGGAAAAAGAUUCAGACAAGAGGAAGAAAGACAAACUGAAAGAGCCCACACCUUCUUCCUCAUCCUACUCCAAUCUCAAGUUGUUGUUGGAAGAGAAGAAAAGCUACAUUUCUGAGAACAAUAAGGUCAUAUCGUCGAAAUCAAAAGAAGAGGUAACGAAGACUUCAGAGAAAGACAAAGAUCGAAGAGAGAGAGACCGGGAGUCUGAAAGGCAUCGAGACCGUGAGCGAGACCGACACAAGGACAAAGAUAAAGACCGGUUACAGCAGAAUAAAGAUGGCAAAAUUAGCAAGGCAAAACCAAGUGAAGUGGAUUCCAAACCUAAAAUUGCACCUGCUUUAAAGGAUACUCGUCCCAAAGAGAAGAGGUUGGUCGAUGAUGACCUCAUGAAGACCAGCUUUGAACGCAUGCUUAGUCAGAAGGAUCAAGAAAUUGAACAGUGGCACAGAAAGCACUUAGAGAAAAUGAAGCAGAAGGAAAGGGAACGACUAAAACAACGGCCAGGAAUUGACAUGGGUAAACAGAAAAGUAAGGAUAAAAUGAAAAUCUCCUCUUUGUCCAGUGAACCAUGUCUUACCAAGGAACUAACUCGCUCCAAAAGCUCAGAGGCCUCGGAGGGUCGUCGUGAGAGAACUUCAAAAGAUGCCACCAGUGGAAGAACGCUCUCACUUGAUACGAAAAAUCUCACCUCCUUUGGGAAGAAUGGUCCAGUAACAGAAAACAACCUUAGCCGAUCUCCGCGACCAGAGAGCGAAAGAUCUGGCCUUAUGUCAAGAUCCGUAUCCAUGAUCUCUGUGGCAAGCUCAGAAGACUCCUGCCAAGCAACAAUAUUCACCCCUAAACCCCCUGAUUAUGAUUCGGACCUCAACAUGGACGCUUCAGAUUCCCAGCCACCUUUUCUGCAGUCUGCCCUUGUUCUACAGUCUUCCAAGUUACCUUCUGUUCUUGAUAAAGAGACCAGCAGUCUUCCUGAAUCGGCUUUCUGCAAUCGCACACCAUUGUCAAGCAGGCACGCUUCCCCAUGCUUAAGGGCAAUUCUGGAUGAAGAAGCCAAGGUGCCACCAGCAGAAACUAGACAGAGUAACGAGUCCCAGAAAAUUACUGUGUCACACUCGGGCAAUGAGCAAGCUGCAGUUCAUCAGACAGAAAUGAGUGCGACCCCUGUUCAGGAGAAACGGAAUAGUCAAUGUCUUACUGGUACUCUUCCGGAUGGUGAAAGUCAGAUGACUAGUACUGAGGGUGAAGGCAUCUCUCCUGUUUGUCAAGUUCAGCUGUCAUUACACUUGCACAAAUCUACUGCUAAAGACCUUAGCAGCCAGCAAGGUGGCCUCACACAGGAUAAUGUGUUCCAGACCCAUUUGGAGAUGAGACACUUUUGCAACAAUGAUAGUCAAGUAGAGCAGGCAAGUCUGGGUCAGCUUGACAUAGCUGAUACAGUAAUGACAGAGGAAUCCAACAAGGAUUCUCCAUUAUGUGUUGUAUCACAAGUUGCAUCUUCUCAGACACAAAAUUCAUCAGAAACCAGUGUACCUUUGCAUUCAAGUAGCCUGCAGUGGGAAACUGCCCUCAAUUCCAGCAUUGAGCAGACACCGAGAUCUGACUCUUGUCUAAGACCAGAACAGAAAGAGAAAACCUCAGUUGUUGCCGAGAACAAAAUAGACAAGAGUGUGGAAAACAUUCCCAGAAUAGAUCACACAAGCACUGCAAACUCAUCUAUUGGUACAUGUAGAUCCAGCUCUGAGGAAAAUGUUAAACCCCUGCUGAGAACCAUCAAUGUACAGGAGGAUACAGAAAAGGAUGCAAGUGUCCAAGAAGAAGGUACAUCAAGGUUCUCCAGUGAGUCAUUGGUUACAGUUGAUGCUCAACCAGAGAAACUCGUAGAUAGCCUGCAUUCUGCUUCAACAAACAUGUCUCACUGCACUAGUCCAGAAAGGAACCCUGAGGAGCCAAUUGAGUUGUCUGAAGAGGAUUCAGAUGAAAGCCGAGUCACAGAGACAGAUGCCGCAAAAGUCUUAGAAGAAGGUGUGACAACCCACACUCUAAAUGAAAGUAAGGCUGAUGUAGAGAUGUCAGACCAUCUUGCUGUUGAGGAGCUGCCUGCAAAAUCGAACCUUCCGGCUAGAGGAGAACAUGGUCAAAGCAACACUGGAUUCCAGCAAGAUCCUCAGGUAGAGCCACCUAGUGGAGGCAACUCGGGAAGCUCCUCCCCAUUAUCCGUAGUGGAGAGAGAUUCCGAUACAUCUGGGACCAGAGCGAAACUCCGACUCCUGGAAGAGGAAGGUGAUAUCCAGGUGACCCAUCCAAGAAAACGAAAGAUGCUUAGGGUUUUGUCUCGGGCACAAGCAAACCUAACAGAUCAGCAGGUCAAAGAAAAGACACAGCAGUCCUUAGCUGCAAUUGUAGAUGCACUGAAGCUUGAGGAGAUUCAGCCUUACCAGACCGAGAGAGCAAACCCUUAUUAUGAGUAUUUGCACAUACGCAAGAAGAUUGAGGAGAAGAGGAAAGUUCUUUGUAGUGUCAUUCCUCAAGCUCCUCAGUACUAUGAUGAGUAUGUCACAUUCAAUGGGUCCUACCUGCUGGAUGGAAACCCACUGAGCAAGCUCUGCAUCCCAACCAUAACUCCACCCCCAUCUCUACCUGAACCACUGAAGGAGAUGUUUAAACAGCAAGAGAUGGUGCGGAUGAAGCUAAGACUGCAGCACAGCAUCGAGAGGGAAAAGCUGAUUGUAUCCAAUGAGCAGGAGGUUUUGAGAGUACAUUACCGAGCUGCAAGAACACUAGCCAAUCAGACGCUUCCAUUCAGUGCCUGCACAGUCCUGUUGGAUGCUGAAGUGUACAACAUGCCCCAGGACAUCCAAGGUGACGAUGGGAAAACCUCUGUUAGAGACCGGUUCAAUGCGAGACAAUUCAUGUCUUGGCUUCAAGAUGUAGAUGACAAGUUUGACAAGUUAAAGACAUGUCUCUUGAUGCGGCAGCAGCACGAAGCGGCGGCGUUAAAUGCGGUUCAGCGACUGGAGUGGCAGCUAAAGCUUCAGGAACUGGAUCCCGCCACUUACAAGUCUACCAGCAUUUUCGAGAUUCCCGAAUUCUACAUCCCACUCGUGGAAGUCAAUGACAACUUUGACCUGACGCCAAUAUGACCUCGUGACUGUGUGCGAUUCUGAGAUAUAGACAUGAUGGGAAAAUUAUAUUACAAAGAUAAUAACACGAAGCACUUGAUCUGGCGGGAGUCGGUUGGUAUGCGCGUGUUUGCGUGCACGUAUGUUUCAGUUUUCGUGUGUGCUUGCAUAUCACGUCACGCGCCAGAGAAGUAACUAAACAGUCUUCGACAGUGCUGCACUUCAAGGCGGUCAUCGCCAGUUCGGUCCAUGUUCUUGUACUGGUUUGACCACGUGUACCCGUUCCAAACGCACUUCACUAGGUAGGCAUGAGAUUGACUCUUAUAGACUACAGGCCUAACUACAACGCACUUAACCCGGAGCUCCGCUAUCCAGCAGACCAAGGGGUGGGAGAACUACGAAGAGGAGUUCCCGAAAACCAGCUUCCGAAGGGUGAAGACCACCAUCGGAAAGAAAUGGGGAGAGAGGUGUUUCCUCCUCCAUUGAAGGUAUAGUUCACCCAAAAAUGAGAAUUCUGUCAUUUACCCUCCUGUUCCAAACCUGUAUGACAUACUUUCUUCUGUAAAACACAUCAGAUGAUGUGUAGCACCGUUCUUUUUCAAUGCAUGGAGAGAGGGAAAAACAAGAUGCAAUGAAAGUGAAUGGUGACUGAGUCUUUGAUUCUGCCUAACAUCUACUUGUGUGGUUCGUGGAAGAACGUGCAUGACAUUUAGGGUGAACUUUCUCUUUUAAGAAAGAGAUCACAAUCCAACAAGUUUCUACAGUGAGUGUUCAUAGAUUAUGUAUAGAUUGUGCUCCUCAUUUUUUAACUUAUUUUAUACAUACUGAUUGUGCAUUUGUAAAUAGCCAUGGAAUUAUUGUUUUUAACUGAGAGGACAGAAAAAGUAAUAUUUUGAUUGUAAACUUAGUUUUGUCUAAUGUGUAAUGGACCAAAGUUGUUUUUAUAUUUGAGGUUCUUUGUUGCUGUUGUUUGUUGAUGUUUGCUUAACUCUUUAAGCAUGUGUUUUUGAAUUACAUUUUCAUUUACUUGAUUCUAUUUUUAAAAUUCCCCUUUGAACGUUCAUCAAAGCCGGUGUAUUUUGACUUGUGAUUUCAAUAAUGUGCAUGCUUUCACAGGUUCGUCCCUCUUUGAAAAGUUGUACCGUGGUGAGGUUUACCAAAGUGGUCCUGGUUUUUUUUCUUUCUGCCAUUGUUCUGUCCAUUAGCAACAUCCACUUGUGUGUUGUCCCUUUGUGUCUUGCGCACAUUAAAAAAACAAACAUUUUGUGGCUUCUCGGUAGAAAAAACUUUUACAGUUUUAAUGUGAGAUCACAACCAAAACCUAUUUUUUACAACAUAAUGCCUUUUGAACGAUGGUUCUAAAAAUGUCUAUUUUAAUAUUUACUUGUUACAUGAGGAUGUACAUAUUUGUAAUAUAUAAUUGAAUAAAUUUUAUUUGUUGUGA